AAAGCCCAGCAGAGCUCUUCCUAGGCGUCUUCCUUCCUUCUACCUGCUGACUUGCUGCCCCACCCUCACAGAGGCAUCAUGCUCUACAAGGUCCUGAUGCUGUCUGCCCUGUGCGCCCUGACGGAGGCUUUCCCCAGUCUACCCAUAGAGUCCACUACUGACCUGCUAGAAUCAACUAGUGGAAACCUACUGGAAUCAACUAGUUACCUACUAGAUUCAACCAAUUAUAACCCAUCAGACUCAACCAAAGACCUUCUAGAAUCAACUAGUGAUGGCCUACUGGAAUCAACUAGUGAUAUACUAGACUCAACCAGCGAUCAGCUACUAGAUACAACUAGUGACCUACUAGUCUCAACCCACAAUAGUUUACCAGAAUCAACCAGUGACCUGCCAGAAUUAACUGGUGAAAUAGUAGAAUCGACUAUUAAUCCAGAGAUUUCUAAUGAGGUGGCAUUUACAGCUGGUCCAAAGGUUGACAGGGACAGAGAUUCAACCACUGACCUAGAACAGAUGACAGACCUAGUGUCAACCACGGAUGUGAACCAGGAGAGCACACAGACUUCUGGGUCCUCUGCUGAUGUCGAAACAGUCACCAUCAGCUUUCUGGAAGAACCCAGUGAGGCCACAGAUGAUCACAAUACAUUCCAGACAGACAGCUUCAUGAGUGAAGAUUCUGCAGACCAGAUCAGCACCUCCACCGAGAGAAUUGAGUUCUCACUGUAUCCUUAGAAUGAAGCAGUGUUUCCAUUAGCUUCGACUAUCAGUGCGAUAUCCCCAACUUUCUGAGAAGACAUCAACUUUGGAACAAAGCGCACCACUAUCCUCCUGGAUAUUGUGCAAUUAUAGAAAACGAUGUAAGUGCGGAAUCCUUCCGACUGAGGAGAAAGAGGAAGGAAGAAGUCUUGAAUGAGGGCUGUGGUAUAUUGACCAUGGUUGGACAGGCAUUUCUGAGCUCUGCCUUUACCUUGUGUGGGCUUAAUAAAUGUUCAUUGCAAUUGUG